AUGAGCGGCGGCGGAGGAGGAGGCCGAGCGCCGGCGGCGCAGUCGCAGGAGCUGCAGCUGCCGCCGGGGUUCCGGUUCCACCCGACCGACGAGGAGCUGGUGAUGCACUACCUCUGCCGGCGCUGCGCCGGGCUGCCCAUCUCCGUGCCCAUCGUCGCCGAGAUCGAUCUCUACAAGUACGACCCCUGGCAGCUCCCAAGGAUGGCGCUGUACGGCGAGAAGGAGUGGUACUUCUUCUCCCCGCGGGACCGCAAGUACCCGAACGGGUCGCGGCCGAACCGCGCCGCCGCCGCCGGGUACUGGAAGGCCACCGGUGCCGACAAGCCGGUGGGCACGCCGAAGCCGGUGGCCAUCAAGAAGGCGCUCGUGUUCUACACCGGCAAAGCGCCCAAGGGCGACAAGACCAACUGGAUCAUGCAUGAGUACCGCCUCGCCGACGUCGACCGCACCGCCCGCAACAAGAACAACAGCCUCAGGUUGGAUGAUUGGGUGCUGUGCCGAAUCUACAAGAAGAAAGGCGUGCCGGAGAAGCCAACCGGAGCCGGCGGCGGGGCCGAGGCGAGCAGCCAAGGCGCGCAGCUGGGGUCCAUGGGCUCGCCGCCGGAGCAGAUGCCAUCCGUGCUGCCGCCUCCCACGGCCACGGCCGCGGCCGGGACGGGGUUAUACGCGCCGCCGCCGUUCUCGGAGCUGGCGGCGUACUGCGAGGUCCGGCCGUCGGACUCGAUGCCCCGGGCGCACGGCGCGGACUCGAGCUGCUCGGGCCAGGGCCACGCGCUGGCUGCUACGUCGUCGUCGUGCGGCGGCGGCGAGCGGCCUGAGGUGCAGAGCCUGCCCAAGAUCGCCGAGUGGGAGCGCACGGUCGCCGGCGCCGGCCCGGGGAUUAACCCGGCCGGCUCGAUGCUGGGGCUUGGCGGGCAUCAUCAGCUCGGCCCAGCGGCGGUCGGGUGGGGGCAGCUGCCCGCCGGCGACCCGCUGCUCCAGGACAUCCUCACGUACUGGGGCAAGCCGUACUGA